AUGAGUUGUUGCAGAAACUUUUGGGACAACAAUUCAACCAGACGUAGCAACGUCGUUGGUGCUUUCCGCAAGUCCCCUUCAACGACUUCAAACGACGCUACAAUCUCCCCAUUCCGCCUAUCCUCUCACCUUCGCCUCAUUGUCGCUUUCUUUCGGCUCCCAUCUCGCCUCUCUUCCUCCUCCUCGUCGUCAGGCCGCCUCGGCAAGCCCGGCGACCGCGGCGAGCCCGGCGUCAAGGGACUGCCGACACCGUUUCCUGGUCCGUUCGGUCCGUCCGGCGCCCCCGGCCUGUCUGGACAGCGCGGCGAGCCCGGCUACCGAGGCCCGCCUGGCGACCAGGGCCCGACUGGUCGGCCCGGCAGAAACGGUACCAUCGGCCUUGGCGACGCGGGACAUUUGUUCGCUCUGCAUUCGCAGAAUGAAAAAGCUCCAGAAUGCCCUCCCUUCACCUCACCCCUCUACAACGGCUACAGCCUCGUCACGCUGCAAGGCGAUGGCGACAGUGUCACCAUGGACUUGGGCACUCCGGGCUCUUGUCUGCGCAAAUUCAGUCUGAUGCCCUACGUCAGCUGCUUCGCGGAAGCGAACGGACACUGUCAUGCCAACAUGCGCAACGGCCGAUCCUAUUGGCUGGCCACUCUUGAGCACUACAUGAUGCAGCCCAGACGCGUCGAGUACAUCGAGCCCAACACUGUAUGGCGCUCGGGUGACUUUUUUGCACAAGCCAUCAGUCGCAACCACAGUCGCAAGCCUCACUGGCUGUCUGGGGAGUCGAAAUCAUGCAUUUAG